UGCAGUCUUGUGUCUGGUGUCAGUGUGUUGGUAAUGUGUCUAUUUACAUUUUACAUUGAACUUCAAAUGACACGUGAUUUUGUUGACACACAAUAUUUCAUCAAUCAAUUAUUAUAAUUUUUAAAAAACAAAAUUAAUUGUGAUUUUCACUGGUUGUUGUACAAUUAAACACUACAAUGUCAAAAAUAAAGACACUACCAUUAAUUCAAGAUGCAAAGUUCAUUGUCAUUGACGAAGGUACAAAUGCAAUGCAUGGUAAUAAUAUUGUAUCAGGAUGGAUGCAUAUGUGGAAAAACUCUGGCUCACCACGUCAAGUUGACUAUCUUCUAUUCUCAGAUCCUAAAUUUAGAUAUGAUUAUCUUGUUGAUUUAUUUGGUAAUGACUAUCUUAAAAUUCAUGAUUAUUAUACUCAGGAUAUAAAUAAUAUUUUUGAUGAUAAAAAUAUUGAUUUAGAAUUAAUUAUGAAAAAAUUAACAUCAUCAUCAGAUACAAUUGUCGUUGUAAAUUGUUUAAAUUCAUUAAUAUUGACUGUUGGUCUCAGUAAAGCAGUUAGAUUUGUUGAAAAAUUAAGUUCACAUGUAUCACAAUUAAUUUGUAUUUAUCAAAGUAAUUUUGGUACAAACAAAGUUCCAAAUAUUGAAACAAUGGGUACUACAUAUUUAAAAUUAAAUAAAACAAAUUAUUCAACAGUUGAUAAUGAUAUUUGUUAUGAUGUAUCAAUGAUACAUCGUAAACACAGUGGUGGUAUUAUUAAAAAUCAUGUUAGAAUAACACAAGAUAUAUCAACAUAUGAAAUCAAAUCAGAAAAAGAACCAGUUGUAACACAAAAUAAUACAUCAUCAAAUACAACAAUUAUUGAAAAUACAGUAAAACCAGAAACAUCAUUUAGAACUGAUCUGAGUGUAGGUGAAAUUGAGCAAAGAAAUCAAACACCAUUACCUUAUAUUAAAAAUAAUAUAUCCAAUGAAUCAAAAAUUUUUUAUGUACCUGAUUGUAUUGAUGAUCUUGAUGAAGAAGAUCCUGAUGAUGAUUUGCCUUUUUAA